CAGGACAGGACACACACGAGCUGAAACACUGAAGAUCCACUGAGAGGAGGAAAACUGGGCGAUGUUGCAGCUGGGAUCUUGUUUAUGGACAUUGUGGGAAGGUUGUUGAUAGCUUGUAGGUAUUUCAAGCUGAAAGAUUGAGGUAGCCUCAUCGUCGCAGUAUUUUUAGAUCACUUCUGAAAGGAAUACAAAAAUGUCGUCUCCAAGUCCGGGCAAGAGGCGAAUGGAUACCGACGUGGUGAAACUUAUUGAGAGCAAGCAUGAGGUCACCAUCCUCAGUGGACUGAAUGAGUUUGUGGUCAAGUUCCACGGACCACCUGGAUCAUCCUAUGAAGGAGGUGUGUGGAAGGUCCGAGUGGACCUACCAGAUAAAUACCCCUUCAAAUCACCAUCAAUAGGAUUCAUGAAUAAAAUCUUUCAUCCCAACAUUGAUGAAGCGUCAGGAACCGUGUGUUUAGAUGUCAUUAACCAGACAUGGACGGCUCUCUACGACCUCACCAACAUCUUUGAGUCGUUCCUCCCUCAGCUGCUCGCUUACCCCAACCCCAUCGAUCCUCUGAACGGGGACGCAGCUGCCAUGUACCUACACCGGCCGGAGGAUUAUAAACACAAGAUCAAAGAGUACAUCCAGAAGUACGCCACAGAGGAGGCUCUAAAGGAGCAGGAGGAGAGAAGGGGCGACUCCUCUUCCGAGAGCUCCAUGUCAGACUUUUCGGAGGACGAGGCUCAGGACAUGGAGUUGUAGUGAAGAGGGAGAUCCUGUCCCCUUCGCUUCACGACAGACUGUGAUUACCUAAAGAGCAGAAACUCAGUACUAUAUUCAUAUUUAAACAAGACAAUUUUUUUACAGCAACACAAGGAUUUUUAUCGCUACACAAGGAUUUGCAGUAUGAUAUUGCAGAAUAUUAACCCUUACUUAGGAAUUCAUGACCACAUGCCCUUUCGCCCUCUUUUUUGCCCCUGAGAGCCUGUUUAGAUCAGAAAGGAGUGCAUCAUUCAUUUCCACGAUCUUUGGUGGCUUCAAUCCAGGCUUUCACACUGCUAGACCAGAAUGAGCAGGGAGACCAUUGCAGGAGGAAGGAGGACAAACAUAACAUGCUCAAGUUUUUUUUUUCUUCUUGUCUUAAACACUUAACUGCAUCAUCGGGCGUCUCCCUCGCCGACAGAGAACUGCAGGAUGACAAUCCACGAUUUCUGAGCGGUCUCAACUUCAGAAGAGUGUGGAUUCCCAUUUUUGUUUUAAGUGUCACCUUUAAUUAGUUUUUGACACUGCCGCCUCGAGGAGUGGCCCUUACAAUCAUCACUUCCGAGGAGCCGAAGAGCAGAAGGUCACAGUGCGGUCAUGUGUUCAUCGUGUACAGGCUGGUGUGGCUGCAGACGGCCUCUCUGACAGGACUGUCCUCUGUGCAAACCUGCUGACACGUCACACACACACCAUCAAACUACCGAUGCAUCAACCACACAACUCGUGUGUGUGUGUGUCUGUGUGUCUGUGUGUGUGUGUGUGUGUGUGUAUGUGUGUGAUCCAGGGAGAAUCAUGGUGUAUUGAAACCCUGUGUUGUACUGAUCGCUGAGUGGAGAUCAUAAGGAGAAGGCUCACAAUCCUUCUCCUUUUCAACACCCUCCUCCUCCUCCUCUCCGUUUUAGGAAAGUGUUUGUCAUUCUCUGAGUAUCUUUGUAUAUUGUGGCAUGACACAGAAGUAAAAUUGUGUAGGGCUUUGUGGAGCUGUAGAAAUAGGGAGGGCGCCUGUGGGGUGGGGUUUGGUGGAGAGUAUCCAGGUCCUUGUUGAAUUAUUGAACUUAUUAACUUUGCCUAUUGCUUGUGUUGAACUAUAAUAAGUGUUUGACUUGCGUCGGGAUAGUUAGUUUUUUUUGCGGGUGGUGAAUCCUAUCCUAUUGUAUUGUUUAAUACUUAUAUAACACACUAGUUUAAAGACUAAUUGAAAAGAUGAGGAGAUUUAAUACAUCUUUGUCUGUGGGAUGACUCUUUGUGGAAUCAAAUCCUUCAAAGACAUAUUGCACCCCUGCCCCACCUGCACCCCUUUCUUAUGCAAAUGUACCAUCAAAGAUGAUUUACGUUGUCAGACAGAAGUGCUCUUGGUUUCAGCCUUUCAACGCUGUCUCAUUUACUUUUUCAUGCUGUUGAUGCCCUGUUGUUUUCCAAAAUGGUGGGACCAAAAUCUAAUGGAUCUACAAGUUUAGUUAUAUACCCCCCCCCCCCCCAAAAUAAAAAUAAUUUUGGGGAUAAUGAGUUUUCACUGACGUUAAGUGAUAAAAUAGAUUAGUAUUUUUUCUCAAAGUGUCAAACUUUAGAGAGUCUCAGAUUAGUUUAAAUUUAAAUUCAGAAACCGGUUUCUUCUUCUUCUUCAGAGGACAGUUUAAAAGCUUCCGCCCUGGUUUUCCCCUGGUGAGGUUCAUGUGCUGGUUAACGCCUGUAUGUGCAGAGGAGGCGUUACCCAAGCCAGUGACCGUUUACUGUCAUAUUUCAUGAUGGUCCACUGGUAUGUGUUGUAGCGCAGGCUUAAAGCUUGAUACAUGUUUGUAACAUGCAUUCAUCGCAUUGCAGAUCAGUUUGUAUUAUAUGUUAUUUCUGGAAGGAAACUAAAUCAGAAUCUUACUUUAUUUAAAAUGGGCUAUUUCUUCUUCUUUGGAGAGAAAUGGAUUAUAAUCAAAAAUUGAAUUAAUAAUCCCUUUAUUAUAAUAAAAAAUUAAAAAAUGACAUCAGGAUCUGUUCCAUGGUGUCUUGCCAGAGAGUUUACCUUCGUUUGAGAGUUAACAUAGGUUGGUUAAACUAGCAUGUCACAGUUUUGUUGACAUGGCAUAAAAAAAAUUAUUUGUUAAACAGCCUCGUUAAAAUGGCUGUAAUUAGCCUCAGUAACCAAAUAUAUGUUGGUGUAGGUUUUAGGACUACAUGAUGUCACAGUCAUUUCUUAUUUGCAACAAAAAAAACAAACCACUGUCCAGCCUGGAUCAUCUGGAUUCAUCAGUGUAUUAUGUAUUUUUUAUUAAUGAGACACAUAUAUUUGAUGCCUAUAAUUUGUUUGAAUGUUUUUAUUUUUGUCUUUUAAGCCCUUUCUCCAGGAUACAAGUUAAGAUAUCCCUGAUUUUUAAAAAAGCAAAAAAUAAAUGUGCUUCCCUUGUAACUUGAAGAAAGAAAUAAACAACAAAAACAUA